CAGAAAUCUCUUGGGAAUUCACGCAUGGCGACUUCUAAGGUUGUUACUGCGAUUACAGAUCUGCCUUAUCAGUCUUCUUCUUCUUCCUGUUCUCUUUCUUCAACUCUUGCUGAUCUCUCCAAGAUCUCUCCUUCCAUGAGUAUGGAUGAUCUCCUCAAGCUCAUUAACCCUCCCUUUGAACCUGAACCUGGUUCGGCUGCCAAUGCUCAAUCUGGUGCUGUUGGUUCGAUUCCUCGGCAGGGGAGCUUGACGCUUCCGAGGGAAUUGGCCGCCAGGUCGGUGGAUGAGGUGUGGAAGGAGAUGGUGGAGAGGAGUGAUCAGAUGCUGGUGGGCUCAGGGGUGGUGGGUCGAGAGGAGCAGACUGCUCUGGAGGAUUUCUUGAUCAAGGCUGGAGCUGUCAGAGAGGAGGACGUCAGAGGCGUUCCUGCUGUUGCGGUGGGUGCCGACGGAGGGAGCCACUGGGCAGACGCAGCGGCGUUCGAUGGUGUUGGUGAUGGUGGUGCUGGAUUCGCAGCGCCCUCAGUGCCGGCGUUUGAAAAAGUAAUUGAGGGGCCGGUGGUCGGGGGAGUAGCUGCAGAAUCAUCGAGAAGGGGAAAGAGGAGGGUUCAAGAGGCACCCAUAGACAGGGCCUCGCUUCAGAAACAGAGAAGGAUGAUAAAAAACAGAGAGUCCGCAGCUAGGUCCAGAGAACGCAAGCAGGCUUACACAUCUGAGUUAGAGGCUAUGGUAGCACAACUGGAGAAAGAGAACGCGCAGCUAAGAGCGGCUGAGGUUGAGAGAAACAAUGAGAGGUUCAGGCAGCUCAUGGAGUUCCUGCUUCCAGUUAUGGAGAAGGGCAGCGCUAGGCCUCGGAUCAUGCAUCGGAGGGUGAGUUCAGCUCAGUGGUGAUGCUGUCUGUUGUUUUCAGGGCCAUCUGUAGAUAGUAAUCAGAAAGAGCAGGAUAGAUAGAGCUUUAGAGGCAAAAUAGAAAAAAGUAUGAAACAAGGGGGAAGAAGUUUCAGGUUUUUCAGAAUACCUUAGCUCAAGUUACAUAUAUAAUAUAUACAUAUACAUAUACAUAUAUAUAUCUUGUAGGAUCAGUUGGGGUUUAUGUUGUAUAGAGAAAAUAGCAUCAGCAGAGCAAUUCAAAGUGAUUUGAUUUAAACUGUGAAGGUAGAUAUAUACUUUAGUCGACAUGGAUCCUUUGCUUAUAGAAGAUCUUUGAUUCUGCUGGGUUUUAGGAAGAAGGGCCUCAUGAAAGUUGUAAUAGGGACUAAUUAAGAAGAGUAUAUAGUUUUAGCCACCAUAGUAUUCUGCUUCUUCUUUAUUUUUUUAAUCAGUAUUCUGCCUCUUGAAUUUAUUAUGUACGUAUAUAAAAAUUUAAUGUCUUAAAUUAUACAGACUUUGAUUUGCUCCUUUCCUUCA